AUUGGCUCUUGGGACCGAUGCCGCUCCAAUGGCAUCACGUCUCUGCGCAGCAGUCGAUCUGUGUUGUUGUUGUUGAACUGAAAGCAUAUCAUCCUGGCGCAUUUACCUCCAAUAUUUUCCCAUAUUUUCUGGGAACGAUUUUCUCGUAAAAUGAAAAUGAUAAAUCAAAACAACAUCAAUCGGUUGGAACUGGGCAAAGUCUUCUCUGAUGAUGAGGCUCCCAUCAACAAAAAGCUUCCCAGAGAGCUGCUACUGCGAGUAUUUUCAUUCCUGGAUGUUGUGUCUUUGUGCCGCUGUGCACAAGUCAGCCGUGAAUGGCACUCAUUGGCUCUGGAUGGUGCUAACUGGCAGCGCAUUGAUCUCUUCAAUUUCCAAACUGAUAUUGAAGGCCUGGUGGUGGAGCAGAUUGGACGCCGCUGCGGAGGCUUCCUUAAAGAGCUUUCACUCCGUGGCUGUCAGUCGGUCACAGACGGGCCUCUAACCACCAUCACUGCGCUUUGCAAUAACAUUGAACGACUCAAUCUCACCAACUGCAAGAACAUCACAGACAUAACAUGCGGGGCUUUGUCCCGUCACUGUCCCAGACUGCUUCGUCUGGAGCUUGAGUCGUGUGCCAAAAUUACUGAUCAGUCCCUACAGCAGCUCGGUCUUGGAUGCCCUCACCUCAUGUACCUGAACAUUGCUUGGUGCUGCGAGAUCACCAGCGCAGGAGUUGAGACCGUGGCCAAAGGCUGCCCAGAGCUCGAAGUGUUUGUAGCUAAAGGCGUCAAAGAACUUCGUGAUCAAGCGUUACUGCAGCUCGCCCACAACUGCCCUAAACUGCGACACAUAAACCUACACUCAUGCGUGCACAUAACAGACGCGAGCGUGACGGUGUUGGCAGAGAAGUGUCCAGGGCUACGGUACUUAUGUCUAAGCAAUUGUUCGGCCCUCACUGACGCCAGCCUACAGACCCUCGCCCUCUACAACCACAAACUCGAGACGCUCGAGGUCGCCAACUGCGCACAGUUCACCGACAACGGCUUUCAGGCUCUCGCCAGAUCGUGCCGGAUGCUGGAGCGCAUUGACCUGGAGGACUGCCUGCUCAUUACAGACGCUACGCUCAGCCACCUCGCCAUGGGCUGUCCUCGCCUCGAGAAACUGUCGCUGUCGCACUGCGAGCUCAUAACGGACGAGGGCAUCCGGCACCUCGGGAGCGCGGCGUGCAGCACUGAGCAGCUCUCUGUGCUGGAGCUCGACAACUGCCCCCUCAUCACGGACGCUUCCCUCGACCACCUGCUCGCCUGCCACAACCUACACAGAAUAGAGCUCUACGACUGCCAGCAGAUCACGCGUGCCGGCAUACGUAGGCUCAAGACGCACCUGCCGAACAUCAAAGUGCAGGCGUACUUCGCUCCCCAGACGCCCCCUGUACCGGAGAACACGCCGCACCGCCUGCACCGCUGCUGCACCAUACUAUGAUCGCGUUUCUCGGGCACCUCAUCGUGGUUGUGGGGGACGAACUCCGCCCCUGCCUCAGUCCUCAGCCAGCAUCACGACCCUUCACCAUCUUUUUGUCCUCAAAGCGUCACCACACCGCAUCACUUGCCCGCCAUCGUAUCCGCGAUCUGAAUAAUCUCGAAACCUUUGCAUAAAUUGCUUGAAUCUCGGGCGACUCUCGCUCAUUGCCAUGCAUCACUAUUGCUACAUCGAAUGUCGUGCACGUGUCGCAUACAUCAGGAUGAUGAACGUUGAUCUAGCAGUGUGCUGUUGAUAGCAUCCUACCAGCAUAGCCAUGACAUCAUUGCCGCACACUUCCAUCCAUAAACUGUCUGCUGUCGCUGUUCUUGAAGACCCGAGUUCAUCACUUUAGGUUACCAGUUUCGUUCCGUCGCUGCUUGUGAUGGAUGCCUUCGUUUUGCACGUUUUAUUGUAUUAUUACCUAAAUCAUUACAUGUAUCGUCAUCAUGUAUGUUUCUCGCGAUGUCGUAGCAGAGAUCAUGGCCGUUACCGAUAUACGAAUCCGUAUUUCCAACUGCUCGUGCUCUCGACGACUGACUCGGCGUUUUCGAUCCUUACUUAUGUCGGUUGUUUUAUUAAUUUGUGUAACCUUGUCAUGUUUUAUUCAUUGUUUAUAAGACGAAUCUUCAUCCCGUGAGGAAUGAACAUUAAUCACGUUAUUGUCAAUUUGUAAUGACAAUAUGAUCUUUACAUGUAAUUUUCGUUCUAGCGAUGACGUACAGUCCCACUAUCGCCCACCAUUACACAGUUCAUGACUCGCCUCACUAUCACUCACCAUUACACAGUUCAUGUCUCGCUUCACUAUCACUCACCAUUACACAGUUCAUGACACACCUCACUAUCACUCGCUAUUAGAUAGUCUAGCAGUUCACAAUCACUUCCUCUCUGCCGCUGUGCAGAGCGUCGUUGUUUCGCCUCACCCUCCUAGGCGAUGCUAUGGUCUGCCGUGUUCUGGUCUGUACUCUUCUGUGAUCUAUUUGGUUAUAAUUUUUCUUGUGCUGCUAGAGUGCUCUGCAUUUAAUUUGUAUUAAGAUACAAGUCUUGUUCUAUCAUGCCUCCUUGUAGGGAUCACUGGAAUAUUGAAGUUGAUUGCGUAGUGCGUGCAAAUGUACGUGGAGCUUUACCUUAGUUAUAGGCAUGAAUAAAAAAUAAGCAUAGCUUGUGCCCUGUAUCAUGGCUCGAAUGACUUUACUCGUUGUACAGCGGCAACCUCUCACGUACUUCAUCCAAUUUUUCAUCGUCUUAUAGCUACUGCUGAUCUUACGAGCUUUUCUCCGCAUUCUAAUGCUUUGUCCACGGAGCAAAAUUUUGUGUCAUUCAGCUCCGUUGUCUCUUUGGUUUUCACGGCAUUAUCAUUUUAUUAUUAUGUAAUAAGUAUUGUAUUUCCAUUAGCUUUACGUUUAAUUAAUAAAUGUGUGUUUUAUUUUAGAUGCUCACUCAGGUUAGGAUGUUCUUGUGCUAUCGACGAGCUGAUUAGAGAAGUAAUGACGAAGCAAUGUUAUAACUUCCUACCUUUUGACAUUUUACAGAAAUGCAUUUCUUCACAUUUUGCCAGAUAUUGUGGAAUUCCUUGUUAAUGUUCACCCCUGGUUAUGUGUAGUUCCUCAUAGUCAUCUCCUGGAAAUAUGCAUACAAUAUCGCUUCCGUCUAAGUUAUCAUUAACAUCAUUGGGAUAGAUGACUACGCCAGAGCAUCUGCCUUCGUACAUAUUCGAUAGACCGUUCACCGUUUUCUGGGGGUGCAUAUUACUUUCGUUAAAGUGUUCUAGAAGGUUUAAAUUCUGUCAGUCUAGGAAUAGAUAUGUCAUACUCGUUGUUAUUUACUUCAUAUUAAGUACUAACUCUGCGAACGUCUGUGUGAAAUUUACACCUGUAGAAAAUUGUUCCACGUUCACUUCGUCUAUAGUUUCUAUUCUUUCAAUAGCUAUUGCUGCUGGAAUUGUCACGCAUUAGAAUUCUCAAGCGAUCUUCCAAUUGAAUCUGAAGGUAAUAGUGUUUUUACGAUUGCAUUAUCACCUUAGUCGUAAGUUAGGGAGCGUAUUUACUUUUAUUAAUUGUAGGCGUAUGAGUUAAUUAUGAGUGGAUAGCUGCGUGUUACUGUAAUCGCUGCAAUGCUACUGCCUGUGUUAAUUGUUACUCGUGCACUAACUCUCGCGUGAAUGUCAUGCGCCCUCUUGACUACAACGGCAGUUUAGGAUCGGCUUAACUCGUAGCUUUGUAUAACUGCGCUAUAGGCUGGCAAGCCUACACAUCAUAUUUUCAUUCAUAUAUCUGGUCGCUCUUAGCACUCCUGAGUAUUGCUGUUUAAAAUACGCAAGGAAUGGGAAUAUGUACGUGUCGCAAUGGUCAAGAAAAACUCGAUCCUUAUUCUUGUCAACCAGAAAUGAUUUACUUCUCGCUGCGUCCGAAGACUAUUUUAGUCGAGCUCUCGACGCUCAUUUUUAAGAUGGAUGAGUUUUUUCAAGCCUUGCUUCUACCGCGUGAUCACUAGGUGUCUUUGGCCUUCGGUUUUUGAUUUUUCAUUAAUACUUGAGUGCUCCACUAGAUAAUUGUGAAAUUUUAAGCUAUACUUUGCUGGCUCAUGAGGUGUGCUUGCCUUGUUAUUUGGCUUGGAUGUUCUACGGAACUGGCCGUGAUCUUCGCUGAACAUGUACAUACAUCCUUGGUUAAUAUGAAUCAAGCGACUGUCCAUUUCUAUGCCGUGAAUUUCUUGACUUGUCCCGUUCACCAACUUUAUGUGACUAAUUUGUGUGUGAAUGAUAGCGUAGUGUAAGUAUAUAAAUGCAUAUAUUUAUUUUGUCUAGCUCCAGCGAACAACGGUUCUUAAGAUACUCGAAAGAAUAAA